AUUUGUGCGAAUGCGGUCCACUCGAGUCCAGACCCCUGGCCCCGACAGCAUCAUCUUUGCAAUCCUUUUGUCAUUAAGUCACUCCUUCUAGUCUAAAACAUGACAUUUGCCAUACUGAAGAGCUGCAAACUGAUUCUUCCUGAGCAGCGUGCAUAAUGCUACGUCCAGUCCUUGCCGCAACGAUUCUCACUGGUCUAAUUGGUGUUGUUGUUGCCGUCGCAGCACGUCUUAAAUCGAUUCUGCCACCAAACCGCGCACAGCCCGGACGCAGGCGCUCCCCUUCCUUUUCGCCAUCCAGCAAUGUCAAAGCACAUCCCUCCCGCCGUCUCGAAAGAGCCAGCCUAGAUGAUGCCUUGUUUGACUCACCAACCUACCUCUACCAGCAUUUCAUGGUUGUUCUAGGCAGCGGCGGUCACACAGCAGAGAUGCUGCUUAUGCUCCGAACAGUCGCGUUAAGUAAAUGGAGGAAGAGGAGUUGGGUUGUGAGCUCUGGAGAUGAGUUUAGCGCUUCACUUGCAACCGAAUUCGAAGCAGAGCUACAAUGCCCCGGUAGCUGUUCGUUUGACAUUGUGAAGCUCCCACGCGCGCGAAAGGUACACCAGAGUAUUUUCACAACACCUUUUACUAGUUUGGUCUGUCUGUGGACAAGUUUGAGCAUGCUUUCGAGGGAUGCGCCUGAUAUUAUUCUCACGAAUGGCCCGGGAACCGGAGUAAUUGUCGUCUUCGCCUCAAUUUUGCUUCGUUUCUUUGGAGUUGACGGAAGUCACCGGACCAGAUGUGUAUAUGUCGAAAGUCUGGCUAGAUGUAAGACACUAAGCUUGAGUGGACGAUUGCUUAAAAUGUUUGUGGAUAGAUUCUUGGUACAGUGGCCAGAACUGGGAGGUGGCAGAGCAGAAUUUAAAGGCUGCCUUGCCUUGGAUGCUGCCAUUGCAAUAGGCAUGAACGGAAUUGGAGAUACAGAGUUUGUGCCAUUGAUGGAAUUCUUGUUUUGACAGGAAACACUAAAUCUCAUAACCAACUGGUAUUAUUGGUGUUCUUACUGAAUAUUCAUUUGAUAUUUUCGCAAACUC